AUGGACUUUGGUUGUAUUUCCAAUUCAUCUUUCCUGUCGUUGACUUCCUCUGAGAAUCUAGUGGAAGAAAAUGAGCAGACCUACAACAACGUGCUCAUGCCGAGCAUCUUCGGCUUCAUUUGCUUCUUCGGGAUCUUCGGAAACUGCAUCGUUAUCUACACCAUUGUGAAAAAGACCAAGUUUUGUGCCCAGCAAACAGUGCCAGACAUCUUCAUCCUCAGUCUCUCCAUUGUUGACCUCCUCUUUCUCCUUGGUAUGCCCAUUCUUAUCCACCAGCUUGUGGGCAAUGGCUCCUGGUGCUUUGGUGGCACUAUGUGUACUGUCAUCACUGCACUGGACUCCAACAGUCAGAUCGUCAGCACUUACAUCCUCACUGUGAUGACCCUGGAUCUGUACCUGGCCACCGUCCAUCCCAUCCGCUUCAAUCACGUCCGGACCCCCUGCGUGGCCGGGGCAGCAGUUGCACUCGUGUGGCUGUUCUCUCUGGUCUCCAUCACGCCUGUGUGGAUGUACGCGGGCCUCAUGCCUCUGAAAGAUGGCACAGUCGGCUGCGCGCUCCUGCUGCCCAACCCUGCCACAGAUACAUACUGGUUCACCCUCUAUCAGUUCUUCUUGGCCUUUGCCCUGCCUCUGGUGGUCAUCUGUGUGGUCUUUUUCAAGAUUCUCAAAAAAAUGGCAGCCACAGUGGCCCCGCUGCCCCAGCGCAGCCUGAGGUUGCGUACGCGUAAGGUGACCCGCAUGGCAGUGGCCAUCUGCCUGGCCUUCUUCACCUGCUGGGCUCCCUACUACAUCCUGCAGUUGAUCCAUCUGGGGGUGCAGCGGCCCAGCUUCGCUUUCCUGUACGCCUACAACAUUGCCAUUAGUAUGGGAUACGCCAAUAGCUGCAUUAACCCGUUCCUCUACAUCGUGUUGAGUGAAACCUUCAAGAGGCAGUGCAUCGUGACUGUCCGGCCAACUUGCAGGGUGUUCAGGGUUGCUCCUAGUGUGGUCGAUGGCGGGAUCAAUCUGAGGAUGGCACCAGACAGCUGCCAUUCCCAGUCAUCCAAGGACCUCCUUCAAAACAUGCUGCCGGUGACUGUGGCCGUGCAGUGA